AUGGCAUUUACAGCACAAACCAGGCAUUACUUACAUAUAAUCUGCCUUACAAUUUGGCUAAUUAGUUUUCAAUAUAUCACUAAUUUAAUUUCAUCCAUGAAUGCUGCCAAUGUAAAUCUUAUUAAUCCUGUAGAAACAUAUGGUUUAGUUAUAACUUCUUUAUUAUACAUGAUUAAAUUUUUAUCACUUCUUGUGUUACCACAGGUUAUUUUUAAUAUUGCUGGAAUGCUUAUGUAUAACGGGUUUAAUGAAACUGUCAAACUUCAAUCAGCUCCUUUAUUAGCACCAUUUGUUUGUUUUCGUGUUGUUACAAGAGGAAUGUAUCCUGAUUUAGUUAAGGAUAAUGUUGUUAAAAAUAUGAAAACAUGCAUUGAUUCUGGAUUAGAAAAUUUUAUGUUUGAAGUUGUUACAGAUAAUGCUAUUCACUUACCAACAUUAGCUAGAGCUAGAGAAAUUGUUGUUCCUUCAUCAUAUCGUACAAAAUGUGGAGCUAAAUAUAAAUCAAGAGCAUUACAAUAUUGUUUAGAGGAAGAUGUUAAUAUACUUCAAGAUGAAAAUUAUAUUGUACAUUUAGAUGAAGAAACAUUAUUAACAGAAAAUUCUGUUCGUGGUAUUGUAAAUUUUAUGGUUGAUGGUAAAUAUGAUUUUGGACAAGGUAUUAUUACUUAUGCUAGUGGUGAAAUUGUUAAUUGGAUAACAACUCUUUGUGAUUGUUAUAGAGUAGCUGAUGAUAUGGCAAAAUUACGCUUUCAAUUAAGUUAUCUUCAUGCACCAAUUUUUGGUUGGAAAGGUUCUUAUGUUGUAACAAAAGUUGGAUCUGAAAGAAAAGUAACAUUUGAUCAUGGUAUUGAGGGAUCAAUUGCAGAGGAUUGUUUUUUUAGUAUGGUAGCUAUGAGAGAUGGGUAUACAUUUGAUUUUAUUGAAGGUGAAAUGAAUGAAAAAUCACCAUUUAAUUUUUGGGAUUUAUUACAACAACGUAAACGUUGGUUACAAGGAAUUUAUUUAACUGUUCAUUCACCAAUUAUUCCAUGGAAAACUAAAUUUUUCCUUGCUAUGUCAUUAUAUGCAUGGAUUACAAUGCCAAUAACAUCUUUGAAUCUUUUAUUAUGCCCUAUGGCUCCAGUGCCAACAUUUUUUCUUUUUGAUUUUCUUGUUACACUGAUAGGUUCAGUUAAUUUGUAUUUAUAUGUUUAUGGAGCAGUUAAAUCUUUUUCCCAUAAAUACAGAGGUUCAUACUUUAAAAUUUUCCUGUACAUUGCUAGUGCAAUAACAGUACUACCUUUAAAUAUUGUCAUAGAAAAUAUGGCUUCUUUAAUGGGAACAUUAGCAUCAAAGGAUGAAUUUUACGUGGUAAAAAAAGAUACAAUCAAAUUGCAAGAAUCUAUGGUAUAA